AUGACUCCAGUCACAUUAGGGCGUUAUACUUUGCACAUUGAUCUACUGUUGUUCACUUUGUACGUGCAACGAAGUGAUAUCCUUGCAUUACAGUAUUUGAGUAAAUACGACUACAGUUGUGUUCUUUCGACUAUCAAUAUUGCCAUUCAGUACAGUCUUUUAGCUGCCUAUUUGAAUGACGGAGUAAAAGGAAGAAGUGGACAUUUGGAAGAAGAGGGGUCGUUUGCUCUGGCAUGCAAAAGUCGUUAUUAUCCAGGUGAAUGCGUUGUCACUCGACGAGGUUCUCCUCUUCUGGUCGGCAUUAAAACACCAUACGAAUUGACAAUGAAUCAUAUUCCAAUAUUCUACCGUCAAAAAACCAGCGCAAAAGGAUUUGAUUUGUGCCCAGCGUUCGCCAGCGGGGAUACCGUUGUGGCUCCGGAUUCGGUGCUGGCCACUACAAAUCACUACAUCAGUGGUCGUGAACCGCACCGGGAGAUCGAGUUCUUCUUCUCCAGUGAUGCAAGUUCUCUCAUUGAACACACGGACAAAGUUAUCUUUCUUGAAGACGACGAUAUCGCCGCAGUGCAUGAUGGCCUGCUCACCAUACAUCGUCUGACUCGUAACACAGACGAGCCGACCACCCGAGAAGUAGUCACUUUACAAAUGGAGUUACAGCAAAUCAUGAAAGGCAAUUUCGACUAUUUCAUGCAAAAAGAGAUCUACGAACAACCGGAGUCCGUUUUGAACACAAUGCGUGGCCGAGUGAAUUUCGACUCUAAUCUGGUCAUCUUGGGCGGGUUGAAACAACACAUGACCGUUAUCCGACGAUGCAGGCGACUGAUUUUCAUCGGUUGUGGGACCAGUUUUCACAGUGCGAUUGCAGUAUGUUUUCUGUUUAUGUUUUUCAUCCUCCCUCCCUGCCUGCCCAGUUUUGCUUUUUAUUCCAAAAUGAUCAAAAGUUACAUUCAACGAGGUAAAUCUAACAAUCUAAAGAAUUGCUGUGCAAUAUUAGAUGAGAGUUUGUUGAUCUUGUAUCUUCUCUAA